UACGCCAAGAUGGCGACUAUUACAGAGUUGAAGAACGUUGCCUGUGAAGCCAUUGACAAAUACUCCAAAGAGCUACAAGAACUUAAUAAAAAAAUAUGGGAAAAUCCUGAGCUGAACUUCAAGGAAUUCAAAAGUCAUGAAAUCUUGACAGAAUUCUUCGAAAAACACGGUUUGGAAGUGUCUCGAAAAUGGACAUUGGAGACGGCGUUUGGUGCCAGGUACGGUGGAAAUGAGGGUCCUUGUGUAGGGAUUAUAUGUGAGUAUGAUGCUCUACCUGGGGUAGGACAUGCCUGUGGACAUAAUCUGAUUGCUGAGGCUGGAGCAGCGGCAGCGUUGGGUGUCAAAGCAGCACUUGAGAAGAGUGGCAACAAACUUGGAAGACUCUUAGUGCUUGGUACCCCUGCAGAAGAAGGAGGUGGUGGAAAGAUCUACAUGAUCAAUAAUGGAUGCUUCAAAGAUGUGGAUUUCAGUAUGAUGGUGCAUCCAUGUCCCUUUGAUGCAAUAGGAGCUCACAAUUUGGCCAUCAGUCAGCACACUAUUACGUUUAAAGGAUACGCCGCACAUGCUGCAGCAUUUCCCUGGGAAGGAAUCAAUGCAUUGGAUGCUGCAGUAAUGGCAUACAGCAGUGUCAGCAUGCUGCGGCAACAGAUGAAGCCCACGUGGAGGGUCCAUGGUGUGAUUCUUGAAGGAGGAGUCAAGCCUAAUAUAAUACCAGAUAAAACAGUUAUGGAGUAUUACUUGAGGGCUCCUAAUAAAAACGAACUAGAAGAACUGCGAGCAAAAGUGUUUCUUUGUUUUGAGGCAGCAGCAAAGGCAACUGGAUGCACAGUUAAAAUAGAAGAGCCUUGUUUACCAUACGCAGAGUUGAAUACCAACCCUAAACUAGCAGAUGUGUACAAACAGCAUGCAGAGAGUAUGGGAUUCAAGUAUUUGUCCAAGGAGGAAGAGAACAAGUUGCCAUUGGGUUCCACUGACAUGGGAAAUGUAUCUUAUACAGUUCCUUCGAUUCACCCCUUGUACAGUAUCGAUACAACCGCACCCAAUCAUUCUCAUGCCUUCACUGCAGCCGCAGCUACUGAUGCUGCUCAUCACAAAACUAUCAUUGCUGCAAAGGCGAUGGCAAUGACUGCUAUUGAGGUCAUGAGCAAUCCAGACACUUUGAAAAUAAUGAAAUCUCAGUUUGAACAUUCCAAAUGAUUUUAAUCAAAUAUUUUUGUUCUAAGAAUUUGGAAAGAAAUUUAUCAUGAAAAAUGCAGGACUUAAAAAGUCACGAAAAAAAUGACUAGUUGUAGACAACGACCACAGGUUGAGGAUAGCUUUAAUCAAUAGUCGAGAAAAAUACACCAUUCGAGCGCAGCUCAAAUUGUAUUGCCGUAGAUUUAUUAGCGAUUGAAUUUUUUAUCACAACACGAUUAUGAAACUGGUUCGAACUGAAAUAGAGAUAAAAAUAACUAUAUUAAUUUGAAAGUAAUUAAACUGGCUAUUAUACGUUGGC